GCUGUCCGUGCGAGACGAUCGAGCCGCGUUCACUUGCAUUGCGUUGCACUUCGCACGUAUACACGGACAUAGACAUACACGCUCGCUCGCUCGCUCGCUCGUUCGUUCGCUCACUCGCUCGCUCUCUUCGCGCACUCACACACAGCACGCCCGCACGAACGCACUCGCGCACGUACGUACAUACACAGAUACGUACGUACCGUACUAUACGCGCAUACACGCGAGGGAGACGUGCCCAUCGUACACAUUCAUACGUACACACAUACACACAUACGUACGUAAGAGCGAGACGGAUCGGCAAACGCGUGCGGGGGUGGUAUCGUGUCGCGACAUCAAAGAGACGGUUCACGCGGUUUUUUCACGUAUAUACAGGGUGCGCGUAUUCGUGUACGUGCGCGAACGAAACGGAGAGGAUCGAGGUUCGAGACGGAACGAGGACCCAUGCGUGCGAUAUAGACGCCGCGCGACGGCGGUAUACACACAUACUCGCCUCCCUCUCACACAGCGCGCGAGCGAGCCGACUAAACGCUACUACGCCCAAGUCAGUCGGACGUCGGCUCGGGCCCGACGACAUCCUGACGGCAUCGUCGCUCCUAUCGCACGACGUUCCCACGGGUUCGGCCGCGCCACGGACGGCCUCGCGAGAAGCUGACACUCGCGGGGGGGAUCCCGAGCGGCCAUCAACGGCGACCGGGUUGCGACCCGGGCCCUCGAGCAGCUCGUGACAGUGAAGUGAAGCACGCGUGAGAGACGGCCGAACAGCGGAGGAGGAGGGACGAGGAAGACAUCAGUCAGUGAGGCGGACCGAGUGAGAGAACGAGGGAGAUAUAUAGAAGGAAGGAAAGGGAGAGAUAGAGAGAGAGAGAAAGAACGACAGAGAGAGAGAGAGAGAGAAAGAGAGAAGGUAGGGGAGCAAGGAAGGAGGCUGCAGGACGGGUGGUCCUGACAGCGAGCGGUGACGAGAGAAGACCGACCGUCCUGAACGAGCGAGCAAACGCCGGGGACUAAUCGAGACCCCCGUAUAUUAAUUGGCACACUAGAGCGAGCUUUUUGCUCGAAAAAGAAAUCAAAAGAAAAGCAUACAAUCGUGUAACGCUCGCCGCGAGCGCGCUGGACUUCUCUCGAGAGCUUUCCCUUGGUGUUGGAUAUACCCCCUUGGUCCAACCCUCGGGCUAAGGCUAUAUACCCUACCGCGCGGCGAGAUGAACACCCUUCUCCUCCGGCUCGUUCGACAGUGCAUGAGUCUAGUCGGGGAGUAUCGUAGUGGCCGUCACUGACCACACUGGCAACACUCCUUCAUCGUCAUCGUCAUCAUCAUCGCUUUCAUCGUCAUCAUCAUCACCGGCAGCGUGUGUGCUGUGCGUUCCUUCAGGAAGGAAGUCUCUCUUCAUGCCGAGUAGCGAAUAGUCACGCUUGGAGGAUAUCGCGGGGCAACAUCGGGGUACCGAGCGAGACGCGGACGACGACGGGCGGCAGCGAAUCGUCGCCGACGAGAAUCAUCGCGAUCGUCCCGCAUCAUGAGGGCCUAGCGUUCGACAUCGUGGGUCAUCGUGGGUCGUCAGCGUCGGGCGUGCAAGGUAGGACGGCGGCGCGCCGGCGGAAGCCUGGAUAGUAGGAGGAGGAGGCACCCGACAACAUGGCCGCCGCCUGCUACGAGAAGGAAGUGGUGGUAGGCGCCGUCAUGCACGGACACGGACAUCAUCAUCAUCACCACCACCACCAUCAUCAUCAUCACCAUCAUCACGGUGGUGGACUAGGAACGUCGUCCAGCGACGCGACCGGUCAGACGGUCCUGCCAGCGGCGUCCACCGGCCUCGACGACGCCGCCGCGACCACCGCCGUCGCCGUCGUCGCUUCUGCCGGCAACACGUCGGCGGCGAACAACGGCGUCAACGUCAACAACGUCGUGAACGCGAACACGACGGCGACCGCCACCGCGGCCGCAGCUGCAGCCGCCGCCGCGACUGCCGCCGCCGCGGCCGCUGCUGUGGCGGUCACUACCUACAAGGACUACAAGGACUACUCGCAGCCGCUUCACGUGGACUGCAGCGUCGAGUACGAGCUGCCGAGCCAGGCGAAGCCGCCGCCCGGCGGCGGCGAGCCCCUCCUCAUGAUCCAUCCGUGCUACUAUCGACGCGCCGAGCGCGAGAGGAGAAGCCCCUUCGUCAAUAAUCUGCCGCCGCCAGCUGCGCCGGCGACCGCAUCCAUGUCCGCGUCUCGCAGAAGCGGCAGAAGGAGUGCCGCGACCGCUGGUGCCGCCGCCGUGACGGUCGCUACCGCAACGGUCGCGGUUGCGGUCGCCUCGUCGACGACAGCCGCCGCGAACGUGUUACCGUCGAGCAACAACCUCGUGUCCUCCAACGUGCCCACCUCCACCGUGUCGCCAACGACGUCCGUCGCGUCGUCCUCAGUCACCGCGGCGGUGGUGGCGACUGCGGAUUCUGGUAGCAGUCUCAUAUCUACCAGCGGCCAGAUGUCCGUCGCUAUGGCGGCCUCGUAUCGCGCGGCGCUCAACGUCGCGGCCACGUUGUCUCAGCAGCAGCAACAGCAGCAGCAGCAGCAGUCUCAGCGGCGGCAUCAUCCCCAGCAGCAGCAGCAGCAGCAGCAGCAGCAGCAACAACAGCAGCAGCCGGCUCAUCAUCAUCAUCACCAUCACCACAGGAAUCACAGUCACGCUCAUCAGCAGCAUCACAGCCAACAAUCGCAGCAACAACGAUCCGUGACACCAACGGCUUCCGGUACCGACCUCAUCUCUGCCGACGAGAAGGCAGUCAUAUCAGGUAUUUAUCAACAUUACUUCCGCGCCAUGCGCGCCCACAAUCAUCAGCACCGCCAGCAGCAACAGCAGCAGCAGCAACAACAGCAACAGCAGCAGCAGCAACAUCGUACUACUCAUCAGCUUCAUCAUCAACCUCACCAAAGCGACCGAAGUUCCUCUUCUUCGUCGGCCACGUCGCCGACGUCUGCGUCGAUCUCCGGUAUCUUACGGCAAACCUAUCAGCAGGCGUACAGCGGCGCGGCCACGAGCUCGAGCUCGUCCAAUAGCCAUCAUCGCGGGGCUGCCACGGCGGUCUCGGCGGUCGCCCAUCAUCCUUACAGGCGGCCGUCGGCGACGUUGUUGUCGCGGGCAGCCUCGCAUAUCGGCCAGCAGGCUUCCUCCUCGUUGUCCUCCACCUCCUCCUCCUCCUCCUCUUCGUCCAUUUUCGGUGCUUCCAACGGCGUAACCGCCACCGGCGUCUCCAGUGUCUACGCCAGCACGUUACACAGAACCUCCUUGCACGCUCUCCAGGCGGCCGGCUUCUACGAGACGCCGGGUUAUCACGCCCUCCUGCCCCAAAGUUAGACGACAGCGGGGAGCUCAGGCGGUUUCGCGAUUCCGGUGUUCGCGGUGUUAGGCGUCUACGCGUGAACGAUAAUCGCACAACAUCUGCGACUAUCGCGACCGCGGUUGUGCUGUUGUGAACGUCCGACGAGAGGAACGUGUCUGUGCGCUGCUUCUAUUUCCCGCCCGGUCGAUGCCCGACUCUCGACCGACUCGCGACCACCUCUCAGGGGCUGCUUCCGUGUCUCUCCCGUCUCCCUCGGUUCAUUAUCAAACGCUUAACAGAAAUCGAUAAAAUUCAAUAAGGGAGCAGGCCGGAGUCGGGGCGCGGUCGCUGAAAUCGCCGCGUGUCGGUCGAGCGGUCGAACGACGAGUUACUGAUUCUCUCGGUCGGGUCUGUUAUCUCGUAAGGCGCGGUGCCUAAUGGCACCGAGGGGUAUAUUUGGCAGAGUGACGACUGUCGUUGAGUGACGGCCGGGCUCUGACUAAUUAGAGCCAGCGAAAUGAUACGUCGGUCGAGGCGCUACUUGUUUGUCGACGGUGGUCUGCGCCGAACGCGCUCUCGACGUUUCCCAUCCACGUGUGUAGACCGCGAAGCUGAAGCAUCACUUUGCGCGUGGCUCACAUAGAGAGCGCAUGAUCAGUGUAGACGCUGCUCAUAUAACGACCGUGUUUCCAAUUCUUCCCUUCGCUUUCCUUCACUUUACGAGCCGCGUUCGUUGGAGACCGUUUAAUCGACAAGACGAUUCAUUGAUUUCGGUAAUUAUCUCAUGCCUCGAACAUAUAUGCCUUGCGAUAUAUGAUCCUUCCGUAACAUAAAGCUCGUAUCGAUAUCACGGAAAGUUCCGCGAUAAUCUUUCCUGUCCUGCCCCCGUCGUGUUGACAUUUCUACUUGUACGAUUCGUCAGUUGACGCAAACAUCGCGUAGACGACACGUGCGGCAAGCACGUAGUGCAUCUAGUUAACGGAAAUCGAACGGGAAUGGUCUACGCGUAGAAACGCGGGACAAAGGACGAGCUUUUCGAUCUGACAGACCUCUGAAGAAUCGGAUGUAUCAAGAGAUAGGUGGUAGUACCGCGACACCAAGUACAUAAAACAGAUACGUGUCGUAUUCACGGCACAUGAAAUGCUCUCUCGUCUAGACGAUUCGAGACUUUGUUCGACUCCUUUCUGACUCGAACUCCUUACUCGGGCCUAUGACCUCAACCAUGUCUGAAACAUGUGUGUGAUUUUACACGCGGUCCUCUUUCAUCUUCGACAUACUCGUUCCGUUCACGAUGCCACAUGUGAAGCGACGAUUCGCGGACACUCUACGCGUAGACGACACGUGAACACCUCCAGCACCACAGUUGGAGUUUCGCUGAGCGUCUGACCGCUCGUUCUUCCUCGCGAACGCGAAACUGCGAGAACGAAAACGCGCAUUCGUGACGACGACGACGACGACGACGACGACGACGACGCCGACGACGAACUUCGAGCAAGGUUGUCGUCAUCGUAAAUGGCGGACGCCUCCUUCCCCGAGACGCGCCGCUAUAUCGGAUUAUGAUCCAGGGCGGUGCUGCUCGCCUCGGUGUGAAUCCACCUUAAUCCGAACGCGGAGAGAACCCGCGCCGCGCUCUCUCGCCCCGUUCCGCGCGACUUAUCAUCUCGAUCGUUAAAAGUGCAUGCGGGUGGGUCUAUAGCGCGCAUAGUCGGCAUAGGGUACAUCUGUCUCCUCCCCGCGCGCACGUACGGGGUGUCUCGGAAGCACGGCGAGGGGCCUCAUUUUGACGGAGGUUCGAUUUCCAUGAGUUAAUUUACGUACCGCCCAGCCUGGAAUCGUUAAUUCUUCCUUUACGCGUGUGCUCCACGAGGUACCUGGCAUAACCGCUGGCACAUACUUCUUUACGCCACCUCCCGCUAAAGAAACAUUUAGGAUAACUGCAGUUUACGUUAAAUUACGGCAAUCUCUCGCGGCUCCACGUCAAGUCUAUCUCGAUAUCGCGUUUCGUUCCGACUGAUUCCAUCAAUCAAUUCUUUUUAUACACUAAUACUACUCGAUACGAAUAUGCGUGACUAUGAAUGUGUCGGUGCGAUAGUUGGAUGCUGAAGAAAGUAUGUGUAAAUAUAAAUUACACUCAUAAGUAAACACACACAUAAACCACACUCACGUGACUGUCACAGAGUAACUGAAUUUCUACGGAUCGAGUGAACAGAAAACGUCGUGACUCAGAACUGCAAGAGUUAAGAAACAACUUCCAAUUCAAUCUUCGAUUGGAUCGAUCAUUUCUAACCAUACAUUUGUCAUUAUAGAACGUCUUAUCGUGCACUAUUUGGUUAUGUAUUUUUUAUAUAUUAUGUAUAUAUUGUUUUUUUAUGUAUAUUAUUUUUGUUUGUAAAUUUUGUUACAAGUACAUAGAAGAGAAGAAAGAAUAAAAACAAAAUUAUGUUUUUGCCAAA